UACUCCCAUACGAAUUCUUGCCAAUCUCUUCAACGCAGAAGAAGAGGUUGAGAUUAUAACCUAUAUAAAAUUUUACAUGGGAUCUCGUUGAGUUUUUAAAUAGUAAGCAUGGAAUUAGAUCCUAUAACAGAUUCGAAAUUGACAAUUAAACUAUUUAAACAUGUUACUAACACCAGACAGCUAAAAGAAAGCCUUAAAAAUGGUCAAUUAAAGUGUUGCAUUAUCAAACCUGAAUUAAUAUUUGAUCCAUUCCAGAUAAUUGUAGCUGUAAAUAAAGCAGUGUUAGCAAAAAAAUUGACAACAAAGACUAUUUACACCGAAAUAUUAUUCAAUUUAUCUAUAACCAAAAACAUAUUAAAAAGUUUACAAACCUUUGGAAUUGAUGAAAAAGACGUUACCGUAUUGGUAGUUACCCUUGAUGAGGACAGAAAUAUAUACCAGCAGAUCGAAGGCGUUGAAAUACCAUUGGAUGAUCUUAAGAAAUAUACUGAUAUUAAUUUAAUCAAAAAAACUUAUAAAAUAAGUGAAAACGAGUCUAGGGCAGGUUGAUCAGUAUAAUUGUCCAAAUGAAAACAAGAAUUGGAGACCUUGUUGGAACAAAACCAUAUGCCACCAAAAAUAUGUUUUAAGGUUUAUAUAUUUAUAUAAUCAAAUUCUGAAAUCAUGUUUACACAGUAUUGAAUAAAUGAAGAUCGAUAAAUCACCAAAUGCUUUUUUAUUGGGAUAAUAGAGAAGACCAUGUCAAUAC